AUGGCUUAUGAUCCCACGGCACUUGGGCAGUCGGCAGAGUCCCUCGUACACGAUGUCUCCGGCGAGAUAUGGCAUCCCUUGUUCCAGCAAGAGUGCGCCUUUGGGCCCGAAAUCUUUGAGGAUGUCAUGAUGAAUCUCAUCAAGAACCCAAACAUCAACUCGUCAUGGCUCUUCCGCGCUGAUAUUCUACACGAUUCGGACCCGGGAUGGACACCUCCCCCUGCCCCCGCACCUGAAGCUGCCUCGGAAGAUGGCGCCGCCGCACAAGUUGUGCAGCAGCAGCAGCAGGAGCCUCUUCCCAUUGCUUUUCAGGAUUUCCACAACGACCGCGUCUUCGUGCGCAGGCUGAUCCCGCGCAACACCCGCCGGGACGACCCCCUGGACCAGACGUGCGUCUUCGCCUCCUGUACCCCAGAUGCCACAAAGGCCAGGUCCCUGGUCGUCUACCUCCCCCACGCGUCCUCGCCCGACGCCCUCCCCUUCUACCACCCCAAGGUCCGGGGCGUAGCGCACCUCCACGAGUGGGACGCUGCGCGCGCCGUCGGCACCGUCUCUAUCCACUACCUCUUCUUUAACGAGGCCGACUUCGCCGUUGAGAAGCUGGUCCGAACCGCUCGCAUGCUGCUCUCCGUGCUGUACAAGCACGGCCAGGGGCGGAUCGAUGGGUACACCAAGCGGGUGCACCACGACGUUGUUAUUCCCCAGGCAAGGUUCCAGGACCGCUACAUGGAGCUCAAGCUCAAGUAUGCCAAGGACCUGGUGGAAACCUGGGCCGAGACGACGGACCCGUCGAAGCACGUCUUUGAGGACUUGGGCAUUGCUGCUUUCCUGAUUGAGCUUUGGAAGGAAAUGUACAAAGACCAGCCCUUCCCUGGAUUUGUAGAUAUUGGCUGCGGAAACGGAUUGCUAGUUCAUCUGUUGACCCAAGAGGGUUACUCUGGCUGGGGGUUUGAUGCCAGAGCCAGGAAGUCAUGGGCCAAGUACAAUUCUGUCCAAAAUGGGCGGGCUUCGCUCCAAGCUCUGGUCCUUCUCCCCGACGUUGUCUCCAGGCCGUCUUACGCCGACAGCGAGGAGGAGCCUGCCUUGGAUCUGACAAAGAUACACAACGGCACUUUCCCCAAAGGCACCUUCAUCGUGUCCAAUCACGCAGAUGAACUUACGCCUUGGACGCCGAUCCUGGCGACGCUGUCAGAGAGUCCCUUCAUCAUGAUUCCUUGCUGCAGCCAUUCACUGGGCGGUCAAAAAUACCGCCCGCCGCCGCCGCGUGAUAAGACAAAGUCGAUAUCGACGUAUGCUUCCUUGGUCGACUGGGCGGCACAGAUCGCCGAGGACUGCGGAUGGGUCGUGGAGACGGAGAUGUUACGUAUCCCGAGCACGCGAAACACGGCCAUGCUCGGGAGGAAGCGGACCAGGGACGUGGAGGAAGUAGAUAUCGACGGGGUCUUGGCCAAGUACGGCGGCACCGAUGGCUACUUUGAGAGUGCAGCCAAGUUAACCAAGACUGAAAAGGGGCAUUAG